GCGCCGUAGCGGGUUUUAUUCGGUCCGCAACAUUUAGUAGCCGUAGUCACGUGCCCCGUGUGUACCGCUGCCGUCUGUCAGUUCGUCGGUGGCGUCGCAAUAGUAUCAUUGUUAUUAUCUUUAUUAUUAUUAUAAUCGUUAUUCGUAGAGCACUUGCAAGAGUUCUCUCGGCAGUUAACCGACAUUUCGUAUCCGGUAAAACGGACUUUUUGAAGAUAUCGAAAAAAAAAAAAACCGUUACACUCUUUCCGGGCGUUAGUCGGUGGAGCGCGCGCGCGCUAGUCGCCCAUCAAUCCGACGACUUUCGAUCCGGAUCCGCUACCAUAAGUGUAAUCUACACGUCCGGCAAACGGAAGCGACGACACCAGUUAUGGAGUCGCGUCUGCAGCGGUCGACGUCCCGGUGCGACCGCUAUUACUAUUGUCGUCGCGCCGCCGUCAACGCUUUCCCGAUGACGUCAACGCUUGUGGCUGUCUUGUUUUCGCUGAUCGUCUUGCAGAUCGUAUCCAACACAGACCAGGCGGCAUUGACCGUAAACGUUGUGCGAGUCGUCAGGGUGGACGUGCCGUCGGUGGUUCGGUCAUACGAUGCCAAGCCCGACCAGGCUGCCACUGCGAUCGGCGGUGCACCUCCGCCGCUGUUGUUGGGCUGCGUAUACGCGUUGGAGGGUGGAGAGAACGAUGACGAGAAUGGCGAUGUGAAACCACGGCCGGUCAACGGGACAGCGUCUACGGCGAACGGCGCUCGCGACCGGCGGUCAUCGUCGCCGGCACCGGACCUGGCCAUGGACGCGGCCAUGGAGGAGGUGCAGCGGCUACGGGGUUUGGUGGUCAAGUGGUACUUCCGGCGCAACCCCAUACCGGCAGCACCAAACGACGCGAUGGCCAUCAUCAAUGACAACGAACAGGUGUAUCAGUGGAUAGCUGGCGGCGGUCCUGAGGCGGGGGGCGGGCUCGGCCCGCUCAGCGGACGAACGGUUGACGUCACCGCAGAGACGCCACGUGCCGACCGCUCGUACUUGCACCGGGUCAUCAGGGUCGAGCGGCCCACCGCCGAGCUCACCGGCGAGUACAGGUGUCAAGUGGAGGACUGGAACUCUGAACGCCGGUCUGCCUGGCACCCCAUGGUCGUAUACACACCAGAACGAAUAUUCAAAAUAUCUGUCGACGAUAACGACGAUGACGACGAGGAUGAUAUCGCAGAAGGCAGUGGUGGCGAUGUGAAUUUCACGACACCGGCGGAGCCGAUGAGUAGCAAUGCCCCACAGACUGGCCCGAAAAAGUGGCCGACCGAAAUCAACAUCACGUGCUACGCCGCCGGCAUGCAUCCCGAGCCGUCCAUGAGCAUUUGGGUGAAUGGAGUGUCGUUGGAUUCAGUGACGUCGGUGGUCACUGAGGACGACGGGGACAACGACGAGAGCAAUGAUGGCAUCGCAGCACAGACGACCACCGCGACGUUGACGACAUCGACUGCGACCACGACCACGACGACCACAGCCAAGCCAAAAGCGUACAGGAAUCGGUAUAGGGGCAACCGCGAAGAAGAGUACAAAAAGUACGCAGUGAGCGCCACCAGCGUGGUGUCACUCAAGGACGCCGAGGAGUACCGGAACAGCAAGUCGCAUCAGCACCAGCGUCGGCGGAACACCGUGGACGUGGAGUGCCGGUUGCGCGUGCCCGGCGACGGUGCCGGAAACGGUCACUGGAAAGCUGACCGGUCGCCGGACCUUUACUACUCCGCCCGCAAGUCGGUGGCCUACAAGUACCGCAACGACCUGCCGCCGCCCGGUGACGCGUUCGCCGCCGUGUCUUCGGCGUCUUCGGUGGCCGACGAUGACGACGACGACGCCGACAACUACGGAAAUGGCGGUGACCGCGGCGCAGACAAUGAUAACGCACUGAACGCCCAAGGCUCCGACAACGACGCCAAUUCCGGCGCCACCAGCGUCACCGAGUCCUUCUCCGCCGUCGUCGUCCGGUCGGCACAGAUGAUCGCUGCUGUAGCCUUCGUUACCGCUGCCGCCCGACGUUAAGUCAUGUGCGAAGUCUUCGCUCCUGCCCCGAUCGCCUUCGCCACCACAGCCUCCGCCCCCAUCGUGUGUAAUGGUAUUAGUGAUAGUAUUGUAUAACACUAUGAUAACAUUGUAAUAUUAUUUGACGUAGUGAUGCCGCACAGUGUAGUAACCCAAUUUCCUGCGUGUUUUUUUUUUCAUUUUGAACCGACGACAUGGUAAGCUCUGUUUAACCACUACUACCUAUAAAGGUACUCCACGUGUCACCAUAUCGUUAAUUAUUAAAAUAUAUCUACGAUUUUGUUGUUCUCCCGGCCCCCGCAGACGGGAUGCUCACAAUUGCUUCACUUGAGUGGGCGGCUAAAUCCAAUUAGCUGGCCCUCGGACCACAUCUAAUUUUGGCCAAUCAACAAGUAUCACAUGCCUGGUUUCCCGUUCAUCAUACUGUCAAUCACCUUGUUUCCGAGAGCAGAGUGUGCCCGAACGCUUACCUUCCCCUCUGCUCCACGGAGCUUUUCGUCAUGCUCUUUACGGCCCAUUCCCCCCCCCCCACUAUAACCCAUCCUAUAAUUUUAUGACUCGGACUUCGUAUAGGAUGGCGGGUUUUACUCGUUAUAAUUGCAUACACGUAAUUAUAACACACAACAGUAUUAAGUUGUUGAUUUCAGAUUUUUCGACAGAAAUUGAGUUUCGUUUUUAUUGCGACUACUUUAGAACGGUUAAUCGAUUCUUCAUUUGAAAAAAACAAAAUAGAUUCUCUUUUUAAUCAAAACUUUUUGUAUUUAUCCUUUUAAAUAAAAACAAUUUAAAAUAGGUAGUAUGAUUGAU